CGGGGGAACGCUGGGUCGCCGGUCGGGGUUGCUGGUCAGUAGUUGUGGCAACAGGCCGGGGACCCGGGGGCAAAAGAGCGUGCGUCUGCAUGUGGAAACCACGAUAACAACGGUGGAGUACUCGGAGCCAGCGGGGGAGGAGGGCGGUGCAGGCAGUACGGCAGGGUUAUUGCCGUACAUCUCUCGAUCCGUCAUCGGUGGAGGCGGUGGAGGGCAUGUUGAAGACGCCUCUGCUGCUGACGCGGCAGCAUCGGGGGCAGCAGCAGCAGCAGCUGCUGCUGCAGCUGCGGUGGUGGCGGAGGUGGAGGCGGGGCUGCAGGAGGAGGCGCAUGCAGCGAGGCGGGGCUUCCUGCCGCGCCUGCGUUGCAGCAUCGGCGGCGACGUGGGUCGCAGGGUCACCAGCGAGGGGGGCGCCAGCGGCGGCGGCAGCUGCUUCCUCAGGAACAGCAGCCGCAGCGGCGGCAGAAAGGGGGCGGCGGCCAGUGAGGGCGGCGCCGCUGCCACCGCCUAUGAAGGCGACGGCGGGGCUACUGCUGCUGCUGCUGCUGUUGGCGGAGGCCGCGAUAGUACGGAUAGCAGGAGUAGCGGCAGGUCCUGCUGCGGCAGUGGUGGUGGUGGUGGUGGGGCUGACGUCAGCGGCAGCAGUAGCAGGAGUUGUGGAGUCGGAGGCAGCAGCGGGGGUGCUCCCGGUGUCCGGGGCUGUGGCGGCGACGACGUCGGUGGCGGUGGCAGCGGUGACAGCUCCUCCGUCUCCGCCACUGAGGCGGCCCUGCGGGAGUUUGAGCGACUCAACGAGGCGUACCAGUCCGAGCUGCAGCGGGCUCUCGACCAGGUGGUGUGGGUGGACCUGGUGUGUGCCAACCAGCACUCGGCGGCCAAGAAGG